AUGCCCAAACUGCUGCACAACAUGAAGAGCCAAGUCCCGUCCAUCCCCUAUGCUGGCUGCCUGGCUCAGAUGUAUUGUUACUUGUUCUUAGGAGUUCUUGAGAGUUUCCUUUUUGUUGUCAUGGCCUAUGACCAUUAUGUGGUCAUCUGUUUUCCUCUGCACUCUACCACCAUCAUGAGCCGCAAGCUCUGUCUCUCUUUGCUGGUGCUGUCCUGGGUGCUGACUACUGCGCAUGCCAUGUUGCACACCCUGCUCAUGGCCAGGCUGUCCUUCUGUGCUGACAAUGUGAUCCCUCACUUUUUCUGUGAUACCUCUACUUUGGUAAAGCUAUCCUGCUCUGACACUCGAGUCAAUGGUUUACUUAUAUUUUUCACGGGAGGGCUCCUUCUCAUCAUCCCGUUCCUACUCAUCAUCAUGUCUUAUGCACGGAUUGUGUCCUCCAUCCUCAAGUUCCCUUCGGCCAGGGGCAUCCACAAGGCCUUCUCCACCUGUGGCUCUCACCUUUCUGUGGUGUCUCUAUUUUAA